UAGCAGUCUUUCUUAAAUCAUUUAUUUGUAAAAUUUUUCAGCCCAUCGUCAAUUGGAUGGAGUCAAUCAGAAAUUGAAGUAGUUGGGUAAUUAAAAUCCGUAACAGAAGUCAGUUAAGUAGCCAUCGGGCGAGUUCUCACCAAAAGAGAAGUGUUCUUAUAAAAAAAAACUCAUCCAAAUUGUGACCAGCACGUAAAACCUGAAGGUUGGUUGGCUGAUAAGUGAUUCAUUUAGGCUUGGUUUGUUAUCUAAGUAAGAACAACGCAAAAAAAAAAAAUACAAUUAUUGUUGCUGCCAUAUGUGCUGCCAUGUAGGCGAAUGUGUGACACAGCACCUGCUGUAGUUCACAAACGAAAAUAAUAAGUUUAAAAAAAAACAAGGCCGUAACUCCAAUGCGUGCAAUCAACGCUAUGAAAUAUUAAAAGUAAAGAAUUUUAUAGUAACAUAAAAAAUUCAGCGCAAGUGAGUGAAAAAAUCUCUACGUAACUACAGACCCACGUCAGCUAACUGCGCGGGCAUUACGCCGCCCAAAGAUGACCCUUGAUCGACCGCUGUUUCCCAUUGAUCCGCUGCCAACGUCGGCGGCCGCGUCGACGUCGUCAUCACUAACGUCUCCAUCGACAUGGCACAUAGUAAGCACCGGCAAAUUGACAACGCACAGUACAUGCCUCUUGGCUACGCGUGCACUGCGUAUGCUACAACUCAAUUGGAAGGUAAUCACUUCCGCAGCUGUACUGACGCUCUUGGCCAUCAUAUGGUAUUACCCGGCAUUUUUCUUUUUCUUCAUAUUCGCCACCUAUUCACUAUUCCUCGUAUUGGCAGCUGUAGCGGCCACAGUAUAUGUCCAUUACAUCAUUACCAACACAGAGGCGCCGCCGCCAAAGCGUGAACCCCCAAAUAUUCUAUAUAAUGCAACAAAAAGCAGCAUUUUCGACUUACCCAAUCCUAUUAAGAAUGCAUCCAAUUUACCGUUAAUCUUUGGUAAAACGGUUGAUUUGCAGCUGCAGCAGAUUAUUGAAUAUGUGCUACGUGACUUCAUGACCCAUUGGCUGGGUCAUGUGGUUACCCAACCGAAAUUGAUGAAUGAUAUUGUUCGUGAAGAUUUUUGGAACGCCAUACAGAAGAUACAUAACCGUGGCGUCAAAAUUGAUGCGGCUAAAAUAAUAGCUGUCGAUAUGGUUAAUCGUGUAACGGUGCAUUUAGAAAAGAUUAGAAUAGCGGAAGCAAGAGCCGCUGAAACCGGCAAUCCACUUGUAUUCUCCACGAAUUCCUACCUAGUGGAUGAGGACACGGAAUUGAAAUUUUUACGCAGGCUUAGUGAAAUUAUGAUUAUUCUUUUACUGCCGCGCGGCUACUCACUACCACCGCUCAAAGUGCUGCUCAGCGAGAUACUUUCUUAUAAAAUAUUUUUUCCAUUGAUUAAAAUGCUCACCUCACCAGACUAUAUUAAUCAGAAAAUUGUACAAAACAUAGAGACGCGCCUGGCGGCGGCUGCGAUUAGUAAACGCAGUUAUGAAUAUGCAGCGAGUUUUGAAGACUUUUUGAAAGUCAUUAAUAAUGCUGGCAAUUUGGAGGAGCUUUCGUUGAUACGUAAAAGUAUUGUCAAUGAUUUAAUGCAUGCAACAACAAUACAGAAUCUACAACGUGCUAAAGGUCUUGAUCCCGAUGUAGACGAUCAUAGUUUAUCGAAAUCAGAAAUGAAUGCUGCUGUGCGUUUGAAGCGUUAUGUUCAACAACUCACAUUUGCCAAAGCUCAAUGCGAAAAAAAUUUAUCAAAAUACGGCUGGAACGGCAAUUACACGAGUGACGUGGACUUAACGCUCAUUGAAGUGGUUAGCACCGCCGUUGGUCGCCGGUACCUCACCAUCUUUUUGGAGCCUUUAAAAGCUAGUGCUCUUGUGGGCUUUUACUUAGCUGUUGAGGAGCUGAAGCAUUCGCAUAAAUCCGCUUGGCAUCAAUUAGGUACUGAAAUUUUCUACACAUACAUCCGUGUGCCAAAACCAGAAAUACAAAUUGAUAAACAUGAGCGUAAACUUAUUGAGACAUUUCUACUUGGUGACACCGGUCCCGAUAUAUUAUAUGACAUACAAAAGAAUAUCUUAAAGACACUAGAGGAAAAGUAUUAUGCCUCUUUUGUACUGAGUGAACAGUAUCGCCAAUUGCGUGAGGCACUCAAUUCGGAUGACUUUAAAGAUCCCACCUUACUACUGCGUACAAUCAACGGUAGCGAUGCUACAGCGGAAGAGUCAAACACUGCCUUGGAGGGUGCGGAUGGUGCUAGCACAACGUUGGAUGUGGCAGCGCAUACGUCAUAUGCGCGUCGUAAGCUCGAACAGCUACAAGAGCGCAUAGAUAAGAAGAGUCAAGCUUUGGACGCGCUAAAAUGUUCGGUAAAACCCGAAUCGAAAGUAUUGCAAAUAUUGGAGAAGGAGAUGGAGUGGUUAAAAAAUGAGAAAAGACAGACAGAGGCACAUUUGAAACGUACGGACGCUUGGACGGAGCAUUUGGGCAAAUGGAAGGCGACUUUACAAAGUGUGGAGAUUUCCGAUGAAAAAGAGUCGCUACAAUUCAUGAUACUCGUACAUGUGGAUGAGGACAUAAAUAUGCCUCGUUCAGCUGAAAAUAGUGGCAAAACAGAGAGAGCGAGUGGCUUGCAACCACGUCCCGGCGCUAUUUCAAGCGGUUGGGUGGUGAUGCGUUCGCUUAACCAAGUGCAUGAUUUGCAACGUAAACUGCGACAUGUAAAUUCCAACAUUAAAUCCCUCGACCUGCCAACGAACUUUAAAUUUUUCUUUUUGAAAAACGAUCGCAAUGCGUUAGAAAAAGCUAAAGGCCAAAUACAAAAGUUUCUAAAUUUCAUAUUGGAGGAUGAUCAUUUGAAUGGCAGCGAAGCAAUUUAUAGCUUUCUCAGUCCCAGCUCGGAUCAUCUGAAGCAGACACUGCCUUCACCGAAGAAAUCGAAAUUCUCAUUGUCUACUUUAUUUAAAAGUGAUGCCGCCAAAGCGGGCGAACUAAAUAAAGCGAAUGAUCCUUUCUGGGGUCUGCAUCGUGACGAUGAGGAUAUUUCGACUUAUUUGGAAGGUGAUCCGGCUGUGGACACAAAGCUUUUAGCCGAUUUGGAUAGCAAAGACUCGAUCGCGGAGCCGCUGUAUGCACUGUUGGGCGAAAUAUUCGAUAUGGGCGGCGUAUUUAAGUGGCUGCGAAAGAGUUUGAUAUCAUUUGUGCAGAUCACUUAUGGCAGAACAAUAAACAGACAAAUUCGCGAAUCGGUGGCCUAUUUAUUUGAAGAAUCAAUGCUGCACUAUUACUUCUCUGCCAUUUUGAAAUCAUUUUGGCCCGGCGGCGUGCUGGCCUCCUCAUAUCCGGUACGCUCUGACGAUAUAAAAGAGAUGACACGCAAUGCCGCAAAAGAUUUGCUUAUGGAUCAUAUACCAGAGGUGCUAUGUAAUCUUGUGGGCGCACAAACGGCCAAACAUGGUGUAAUAAAAGUUUUUGAAGCCAUGCAAAAUCCCACUUACAAUAAACAGCUGUUUUAUGAGCUGCUAGAAAUUCUUAUGAUAGAAUUUUUUCCCGAAAUACGCCAGUUAAAACUUCCUGGCACUAAAACUACUACUACACAUCACAUUACAAACACAACCACAACGAGCACAAACAGUUAUAGUCAUGCUGCAACAACAUUAAUUACAUCAACGACAACAGCUGCUGCGGCGGCAACUGUUGUUGCGGGCACAUCAAAUGGUGGUAGUGGCGGUGGCAGCAAUAAUAAUAAUCAACAGCAAUACCAACACCAGCAGCAGCAUACAAUUACAACCUACCAUCAGCCAUAUGAAAAGCCACAGCCACUGCAAUUUCAACAACAUCACUUUGCCAGUAACGGUAAAUAGUUUUAAACAAAUAUAUAAAGCAUAUAUAUAUAUAUAAUAAAAAUAUCGCACCGAAGUAGUAAAUAAAAGGAAAAUUCUACGAACAAAAUAUACAACUAACUCCUAGGAACAGUUAAAUUGUAUAUGUAUAUAUGUACUAAACAACUACAUAUGGCUUUAAAUAUUUAGGUGUUAAUUUUAAGAAAAUGUGAUUAUAACAAAACGCUUUUCUUAUUUGUUUUCUCAAUAUAUAUACAUACAA